ACAUGCACCAACAAAGCAACGAGAAGAGAAAGACAAAAGAACCCGGCAAAACUGGCGGGGCGCACUCAUUUUGCCUUACAAGGAUUAUUGAAAGUAUCGCGUUUGUUUUAUUUGAAGAGGAGCGUCUCUAGAAACUGUGUGACUGUGCAAAGGCUUUGUGGAACCUCAGAAAUAUUGCUCAAUCAACUGGACUGUUCAUCGUGGUUCCCAAGACUACGGUUACAGGCGUUAACUUGUACCAGUCCUCAGUCUUGUUUCUAUUACAAUUACAAUUGUUGCGGUAAGAAAGAACAACGGUUCAUUUCUACGAUGGCGCGAAAACGUGCUGCGAAAAAGAGCAAAGAGGAGACCAAUGAGGCGGCAGCAAGCUCUGCGACAGAGGACACUCAGAAAAAAGAGGCUGAUGAAAAAGACACAACUACAGAAAAGAAACCAACCCCAGCCAAAGGAAGGAAGAGAAAAAGCGACGCAAUCAAGGACGAUUCCGGGGCAGACGCCGAGCCAAAACCCAAACUGAAGGCACGUGUGUCUAUCUCGGACUCGCUCUCAGGGACAGACUUCAAGUGUACGGCCAAAUCUCCCAGCGGCAAGGAGUCUAAUUUCAAGAUCGCUUCUUGGAACAUAAAUGGAGUCAGGGCGUGGCUGGAUAAAGAGGGCCUGUCCUAUCUGAACGCGGAACAGCCUGACGUGCUGUGCGUGCAGGAGCUCAAGUGCGACGUCUCGAAGAUCCCUGCGGCGGCCGAGGUGGACGGUUACUCCACGCACUGGCUGUCCGGCGACACCGAGGGAUACUCGGGGGUCGGGAUGUAUUUCAAGAAGAAACCCAUCAAAAUCACCGACGGUAUCGGAAUCUCCAAACAUGACAAAGAAGGCAGAGUGAUCACAGCUGAGUUUGAGAAAUUUUUCUUGGUGAAUACAUACAUCCCCAACUCGGGCCGUGGGCUGGUCCGACUCAAGUAUCGCUCGGAGGAAUGGGACAAAGACUUCCGGAACUAUAUCAAAUCUCUGGACGCCAAAAAGCCGGUGGUGUGGUGUGGAGAUCUCAACGUUUCCCACCAAGAGAUUGAUAUCAAGAAUGCCAAGGGGAAUAAGAAAAACGCUGGCUUCACUCAGGAAGAGAGAGAUGGGUUCACGGAGAUGUUGAAUGAGGGCUUCAUUGACUCCUUCCGACACUUGUACCCUGAGGAGGAGGGGGCUUAUACUUUCUGGACAUACUUCAUGAACGCGCGAGCGAAAAAUGUUGGCUGGCGCCUGGACUACUUUGUGCUGUCGGAGAGGUUCAAGGAGCAGAUGUGUGACAGCGUCAUCCGCAGCAAAGUCUUGGGCAGCGACCACUGUCCUAUCGUUCUGCAUCUGGCUCUGUGAACUCCAUUGUCAAAUGAUGGUGCUUCGGUAGGGAUGGGGUGGGGAGGAGAGGGGGGGAGACGACCACUGUCCUAUCGUUCUGCAUCUGGCUCUGUGAACUCUAUUGUCACAUGAUGGUGCUUCGGUAGGGAUGGGGUAGGGAGGAGGAGGGGGGGGGGAGACGACCACUGUCAUAUUGUUCUGCAUCUGGUUCUGUGAACUCUGUUGUCACAUGAUGGUGCUGCGGUAGGGAUGGGGUGGGAUAGGGGGGAAGGGAGGGGGGGGGGGGGAGAGAGAACCGAUCUCAAACUUGUUUGUUGCAGCUAUCUUGUUACAGACAUUCUUCCACCAUCUAGCUGUCAGGGAUAAAGGGUUUUUUGUUGGUCUUUUUUUUUUUUUGCUUGUCAAAUUUGGAGGGGAAUGGUUUUGGGGAGAUGAGACCCCAUUUCUAUUUUGUUACUGGUAGCUAGACUAGUGAUAAGUUCCAACAAACCUGUUGCAAGGAUGACAUUUUUUGUUUUGUCUUACAUGUUUUGAAAGGCAGGCAGAAGGGGGAGGGGGGGAAGGUGGAAUGACAAUGAUGAUGGAAGGAGAAGGAGGGAAGAAAAGACCUCACGCAGUUGCGAGCACUGUAAAACCUUACCAGAAAGAAAAAAAAAGGAAGUUGUUGUACUUUAGGGGUUGGGCUCUGUCCCUUUAGUCUUGUAGUUCAAUGAUAUUUGAUGUUGUCGCUUUUGUUGUUUCCGGUAUGUGUGUGUGUGUGUGAAGGCAAAUGCAGAGAGCAGCUCUGCAGCCCUGUUUAUAACUCAACCAUUGGUGUAGCUCUGUACAUUGGCUCUAGUGUAGUAAGUACUAGUUUAUGUAUGACUGUGAAAGUAAAAGUACUGAUAUUCUUCUCACAUUCUUGUGAACUGACAAGUUUUGUUUGUUUGGUGUUGGGUUUUUUGUGGAGGGGGGGGGGAGGGGGGCGAAUUGCAAUGUUUAUUGAUUUGUGUACCAUUAAUGAGUUUGUGAAAACUUUUGUAUUUCGCUAAGUGUCUGUUUUGUGGGUAUGAGAUUUUCGUGUUUCCAUUUUUUUCUUCAUUGAAAAUUUUGUUUUCUUUCGGGAAAUUAUGUUGGGCGCUAUCUCAGAGGGGCUUAUAGCUAUGUAGACUCUCCGAUGUAGUCUUGGUGGGUGGUUGGCAGGUGCUCUAGUGUUGUUUUCUUCUUCUUUCCUAUCAAACAUCUGUUGUCCUUAUCUCCUCUUCUUCUUUUUUGUUUGUUACUCUCUUGUAACACCUCUAAUCUUCUGGCGCUCAUAUGACCUUAUGCAGUUGCGAGCGCCGUAAAACCUCUACUAAAGCUAAACUAAGAAAUGUAGUCUUGAAAUGGAAUACUUGCAUUGAAAAUUGAGUAUUCCUGUACUUUCUUUACUCCUGUCCUUUUUAAAAUUUUGAGGCAUGCUAGUUUUUGGGGGGUUUUUUGUUGUAUUUUUGUGUGGGUUUUUUUGUUUGCUUGUUUUAGAUCUAGUUUAGUUUUGUUGUUAUGGGUGUUUGAGGGGUGUCAAAUACUUGGAGGGAAUAUUGUCUCAUUGUCAUACCCUUGUGGAAUUGUUCUCAUACAUAUGCCACAUCAACUUUGUAGAGACUCCCGUUGCCCAGAAAUGAGUUGAACUGGUGUAACAUUGAGUAUAAAUGUGCACACUAUGGGUUCUUUUCAUUUGCAGUAUUAGUACUGGGCAAAGAAAUUUUUAACUGCAUGAAACUUUAUAGUUUUUACUUUUACUGUUUUUACUAUUACUGUAUGUAUUGUCAAAAAAAAAAUUAAAAAAGAAUGUUUCAGAUUCAA